AUGGCCAAAAGAAGUGGUCUCAAUAGAAGCAAGAAAAAGGAUAUCAUCCUAAAGUCUAAUACUAGAAUCACGAGCAAUCAUUUUGUUACCAGCACCAGGCAGUCUAGCAACAGCCCGUCGUUAAGGACAACAUCGCCAGCUUCUACUUCUACUGAUGGUUCAAAUAGUGGUGCUAUAUUUGUGAAUGCUAGUAGCCGUAGCUUUCUGUCUCAGGACAAUGUCACGAGCUUUUUUCAGUCUGUUGCCAAGAAGCAGCCAAGUUAUUGUCAGGAGAUUGCAGCUGCUGAUGUUUUAUGUCCUAUCUGUUCAAUGGAUUUGUCUAAACAUGACUUGCAAGCAAGAGAGCUACAUGUAAAUGCCUGUAUUGAAGGAUCACUGAUCAAUGAUGUGGAUUCUUCAAGCACUGGUGAUGGCGCUGCAGACGUUAGAGAUAUGUCUGCUGAUCAAAACCGAGACGUAAAGUCGGAAUUUGAAGAGACCCGACGACAGGUCAUACAAGAAGACGUACUGGUGAAUACAGACAAAGAUACGUUUAAUGAUAUUCUAUUUGAUGAUGUUGAGGACAGUCAAAAUAUUGAUCCGACCGAGUUGUGGGAUAAAGAAAUUGACGAUGAUGUUGAGAUAUACUCAGAAAACAAAUUAAGGAGAGAAUUGGAGUCCGGAAUUGAUACAGUUUCUGAGCAAGAAAACACUUCUACGAACUUGUUAAAGCGAAAAAUUGAGCAUGUAGACUACACAUCAGAAGACAAGACAGAGCCAGUAGUAAGCUUCGAGGAGUCAGUGACUGAACACAAAAAAAAGCCUACUGGUAAGACGGAAUUAAGUGAUAGAACGAACAAUUUCGGAGGGUUAACAGGGGUUCCUAGUUCAUUGGUUGAAGAUUUGACCGGUACUGAGAUUGUCAUUAAUGUUGGUCCAUCUUCAACUACUGCAAAGGAAACAGGUACAGAUCUGGUACCUAGUAAGUCCAACAGCGACAAGACUGCUUUGUCAGAAUCCCAGGCCCGUGUGCGUAUGCCAUUUUAUAAAAUUAUAGAGUUUGAGCAAGAGACGAUUGCAGUGGACGCAUUUAAUUUUGGCCCUAUCAAUGGUGUCAAUAAGUAUUUUCUCAGUCAUUUCCACUCGGAUCAUUACAUGGGGCUAGGAUCUAAGUGGGAUCACGGCCUAGUCUAUUGCACUGAAACUACUAGUAGAUUGAUUCAAAUGUAUUUGAAAGUUGAUCCAUCUAUAAUAAGGGAGAUUCCAAUGGACCAACAAACUUCUGUUGACGGUCUACAGGUUGUAUUCUUGGAUGCCAAUCAUUGUCCUGGGUCGGCAAUCAUGCUAAUAGCUGGUAGCUGGCCUCGUAGUAGGGGUCGUCGGAAGGUAAUUCUUCAUACUGGUGAUUUCAGGGCAUCGAAACAACAUAUAGACGAGGUCAACAGGUGGUUGCCAAUACUUCGGAGUCCUUUGAGUGGGAAACAUGAUAACUGGAGUAAGAACAGUACCAUUAUUGAUGAGGUAUAUUUGGACACAACCUACUUGAAUCCUAGUUACUCAUUUCCUAGCCAGAACUCGGUUUUAACGGCCUGUGGUGAUUACUGCUAUGAAAUGGUCGACAAGGGUGAUAUUCCAACUUGCUCCAAGAGCAAGACAAUUUAUAAUUACUUUACACGGGUUUUAAGCUCAGAUUCAAAACCAAAAUCAUCGACAAUCAAUCCUGUUAUUUUUGUUGGUUCCUAUACGAUUGGGAAAGAGAGGUUGGCCAUUCAUAUUGCCCAACGUCUUAAUUACAAAAUAUUUGCUCAACGACGGAAGAUGACUACUUUGCAAGUUCUCCAGGACGAGAACCUGACAUCCCUGCUUUCUGAUGAUGGACUGAAAGCUAAUGUACACAUAGUGAGCAUGCGAGACCUCAAUCUAAAGUCACUGCAGGAACAGUGGCAGUACCUUAAAAAGACUUUUACUCAUUUAUUGGCAUUCCAGCCUACUGGUUGGACUUUCCGGGGCCCCAAAUCUUCCAAGGAAGAUAGUAGCAAUCUUGAAGCUCGUGAAUCAAUUCAACGGGACUUGGAAAAUGGGCCCCACUCACCUCAAUUCACUCUAACAGAACUCGAGAAGUGCAGGAAAAUGUCUGGAAAUAUCCAAAUAUUUCGUGUACCCUAUUCCGAACAUUCGAGCUUUGCUGAGCUUGAGUAUUUUUGUUCAUCGAUUCGUACUUCUCGGAUCAUUCCUACUGUUGACACUUCAAACCCAAGAUCCCGUGCCCGUAUGUCAUAUUAUCUAAAUUCAUGGCGCCAUCUUUAG